AUGAGUAUAAAUGUUGUAGUUAGUUGCAACAAUGUUCACCAAGAAAGCAACUUUAUUCCUGUUAAUUUCUCGUAUCAUCUGCAAUUAUCUGCCUGCGACUCAAUUAUCUGCCUGCUCUGCAAUCUCUACAAUUAUCUGUCUGCUGCUCUGCAUAAGAUUUGCUCUCGUUUCAUCAUGUCUGAUCUUAGACCGCCUAUCGGAACCACCAUUAAGCUAAAUGGUUCCAACUAUAUGCUUUGCUCCCGUGCUUUUCUCCUAUUUUUGGGAUCACAGAAGAAGAAAAGUCAUGUUCAAGCUGCCCCGCCUCCUCCUAUAGAUGCCAACUACGACACUUGGUGUGCUGAUGAUUGCUCCGUCAUGACUUGGAUUCUCAAUAGCCUUGAACCAGCUAUCAGCCAAAAUAUCAGGUGCUUGGAUACUGCCAAAGCCAUGUGGGAUGCUCUACGGGAGAUGUUCUUCAAUGACAAAAACGUCUCUCGGGUAUUUGAAUUGUAUGAGAAACUUUUCUCUCAUACUCAGGAUGCUCAGUCAGUCAAUGAUUACUUCUCUACCCUGAAAGGCCUUGCUGAUGAGAUUUUGGUUUAUCAUCCUCUUUCCUGUGAUGCCACAACAAGAGCAAAACAAUGGGAGGAAUUUAUGGUAGCAAAAUUUUUGUCAGGUAUUAAUGCUGAUCUCCAGCCACUUCGAGAUAGCUUGAUGGCUAGUGAUACCAUUCCAACGUUGUCUAACGCGUUGUCUCGCGUUCUUCGUGUCUCCACUGGGCGUACGGAAUCCACUUCUUUUGAGAGUUCAGCUAUGUCUGCUCGCGGUCGAGGUUCGUAUGGUGGACGUGGCCGUGGACAGGGACAUGGCCGAGGUCGAGGAAGAGGGUUUCAUGAUCGACUAUGUGAUCAUUGUGGUCGUUCGAAUCACGAGUCUGAUAAAUGUUGGAAGAAGUUUGGCAAACCAGAUUGGGCUAACAACACUGAGUUUAAUGCGCCAAGUUCUUCAUCUACUACUGAUGCUUCUACCUCUGUAGCGUUUGCUGUGGACCUGUAG